UUUUAAUUAGUGUUUUUGAAUUUUAGGAGGAAGAUGAUAAAGAUUAUUCAUCUGAAGAGGAAGAUAGUGAAGGCACAGAUUCUGACAUUUCAGUGGAUGAAAAAGAUGGACAGGAUGAACCAGAAUCUGAUCAUGAAGAAGAGGAAAAAACAAAACGGCAACGACGGGUUGUUACUAAAGCUUAUAAAGAGCCUAAGAAAACGAAUUUGAAGAAAGAAAGUACUGGAACUAAAACAAAAAAGGUUACAUUUCAAGUGGAACCUAAAGUGAAAAAGAUUGAACCUAAAGGGGAAGCUAAAAUGAAAAAAGCUGAAUCUCAAAGGGAGUCUAAGCAGAAAAAGGCUGAAUCUGAAGUAGAGGAAGGAAAGAAAAGAAUGCGUGAAUCUACUACUAGGAAAUCUUUGGAAGUGCAGGAAAGGAUUGAAGCUAGAGCUAAACAAAAUCAAGAUCGCCGUAAGAAAAAGAUUCAAGGAAAUGUUCUUACUCAAAAAGAACUUUUAGAAGAGGCUAAGUUAACAGAAAUAGAGAAUUUAAAAUCAUUAGAAAUGUUUCAACGCAUGGAGCUUGAGAAGAAAAAGAACAAAGCAACCAAGAAGACAUGCACUGGGCCUAUGAUCCGGUACCACUCUGUGGCUAUGCCUAGUAUUGAAGUUAUAGAGGAAACCGAUGGGUCAAAAUCAACAACAGGUGAAUUGAAGUCCUCAAUUCUAGAUAUCCUCUCUGCAACCACAAUGUUUUGACCACUUAUAUGGCAUAGGUUAGUAGAGAAU